GUCCCGUUCGGAUUAUAAAGUUUUAGAGAACCAUUAGCUAAUAAUAAAAGACAUUUUUAGGGGUAGGAAUCAUACUAAUGCAUUCAUAUCAUUUUGAUGAUAUCUAAAUAUCAAGAUCGAACCAUAUUAUAUUUGUUUCGGUAUCAUCCGAUCCAAAUAUCGAUGGGGUCCGAUGCGGACCAACCGUUUACACCUGGGAGGUUUGGGUGGGGGCAUUGGGCCGUUAUUAUUCUGUUUAUCGGUGGCAAACUAUGGUAAAUGUUUCUAUUAGCAAUUAGCACGUUCGAUUUGGGCCGGGUCUUUGCGAGCGGGGUUGGGCCUUUUCAAUUCUAGUUCUGGGCUGAGCUAUUAAUUAAUUAGUCUGUAUCAUUACUCUAAGUCGACACAUGGUGAGUUUUAAGUGGCUUGGUCAGCCACGUAAGCAGUCCAAGUCUUCUUCGUCGUGUCUCCGUCAAAACCCUCAAAAUUUACCAUCUCGGCGUUUACGGUUUACCAAGCCGAUUCUCUCUAUCAGAGCAAAGCGGUAACCGCAAAUGUCCGAUCACCUUCCCACCGAUGUCGUCACCAACAUCCUCCUCCGCCUGCCGGUGGCCGCAAUUCUGCGCUGCCGCGCCGUCUGCAAGCCCUGGCGGGCUCUGAUCGACACCCCGAGGUUCACGAAGCUCCAACUCGACUACACGGCUGCCACCACCAAAAACGCCGUACUCUUCGUCCUCGAGGACGACGGCGACGACAACGGCGACCUCCGCUCCGCCUCGUACGUCAACGGCCUCCGCCGCGAUGCCCGUAUCAAUAUCCAAACCGCCCAAGUCGGCGACGCAAUUUCACGCCAGGGCGUAACCCUAUUCGGGUCGUGCGACGGGUUGUUCUGCCUCGGCUACGACAGCGGGAAGGUGCUCAUAAUCAAUCCGGCCACGAGGAAGUCGCACUCCACGAUGGUUCGUGUAACCAUUUCCCCGUAUGAUUUCAGCGCCGGCGGUGCGCAUUGGUCUUACCGCGACGGUUGCGGGUUCGGGUAUGAUUCUGUCUCCGACGACUAUAAGGUUGUCAAAAUUAACCAGAAGCUCGAGUCUAGUAAAAAGAUUCUCCAAUCUGAAGUGAUUAGUCAUGGAGUUAGGUUGAACUCUCGUGUAUCCGUCAAUUUCCCCUAUUUCCUAGCUGGUUCGCAGAAAAUUGGCGUGUUUGUGGGUGGGGCAAUUCACUGGGUAGCUGGUAGGAGCGACGAUCCGGAGAACAGCAACGUGAUUGUGGGUUUCGAUUUAGGGCUCAGUGUAUGCAAGGAGAUCCCACAGCCAAAGUACACAAACAGGCGCUCGUUCAGCAUGAGAGUGGGUGAGCUGGGGAAGUGUUUGUGCAUAUUUGCUAAUUACUGGGGGAGGGUGGUUGAUGUGUGGAUGAUGAAAGAUUAUGGAGUGAAAGAGUCAUGGAGCAUUCUGUUUUCGGUUCCACAUCCCGGGCUGUCACACGAUUAUGGAAUUCGAUCUCUCGGAUUCUCCAUGACGGGCCACGAUGUUCUUGUGCAGCUGGACGACAGGAGGCUUGUUUGGUACGACCUGAAGAAUUCCCAGAGGGGUGCUGGUGCUGCCCAGAAGGUCACCGUCAAUGGAUUGAGGACGGAGUGCAUGGAUGCCGUUGUUUGCUUUGGAAGCCUAGUCCCGCCUGAUGGGAAGUUGCCACCCAAAGAAGUGAAAGUUGAGAAGCAAUAUCAGAAACCAAGACCCCAAAGGAAGAAGAGAGAUGAUUUCUUGGCUACUGGGUUCAAGCUGAAGCUUUAGUACUCCUCCAGUAAGGUAAUUUCUUGGUUAUUGACUACAUUACUAUAGCUGAUUGGUUCUUGUAACGUUAGUAGCGAACACUAUACUGAAACGCUUGCCAAUCUGUUUCUCAGAUGCAUAUUAUGACAUAUAGAAUAGAGUAGUAGUAGAAGAAGAAGAAGUCAGCUAGUUGGAUGAUGCAUUGGAGGCUUGGAGCAGUGAUGGAAGCUUUGUUCCCCACUCUCCAUCAUGAACCUAUUUUGGCCAUUUUGUAAAUGCUGUGUGUGGGGAACUAAGGAAAGGACUUCCCUGUUUUUGGCAACUUUUGGAAGCUCCAAAUAGCAUCAGAAGGAUUGUCACUAAGUAGUUGUGUGCAAGUAGUUAGUAUGUAAUGAACUUUGUAGUUUCUAAGCAACUGAUAUCAACCUUCCUUGCUUCAUUUUGAGUACCAUGCUGAUCAAUGCUGUGGUGGAAACCUGUUUCGGCUUAUCUGCUUGGUUCAUUCCUUCUGAUUUGUGAAUGAUUCGUUUCCUUUCUCAUUGAUAAUGGUUUCUUCGCGAUACUCGUACGACCUAACUCAUAGAUUAUAUGUGGUCAUGAGUUGGGAGAGAAUGCUUCUUGAAGUAUGGUAGGGUAGCUCUUGACUAAUGUUCUUUUGUUUACAUAUGAGACUAUUAAUUAUAGUCGUUAUAACGUGACAAUUUGACCAAAAGAUUUUCGUACCAAGAUUUCUAACAAAUACGUUUUUGCGUU